AGGAGCCUGUCACUUCAUUUGAUAACCAUCUGUAGCCCGCGUGAAUCGCUGGCCUUUACCCUCAGCUUGGUGCCCUUCUCGUGACGUCGGUGUCCGCCUGGUCCUCGCUGGAAGCAUCGAGUGCUCGUCACAUCUUGAAUAGCUGUUUUCGAUUUCGCUAUGUAUAAAUAUGCUUGUUCAUCUCAAUCUCAUCUUGUCUAUCUAUUACUACUUUAAGUUUAACUAGCCAAAUAUCAAGUUUUUGAAUGCGAGUACCCAUUAAGAGAGGAUAGCUGGUCUGUAGAAAGAUCUGAGUCGUGACGCGCAGAGCAAUAGACCUACUGACGCACCAUAGAAGCUGGAAAAAGCAUGAACCCACUGAUUAACUAACCUCCUCACAUGACAGGGACUUCUUCCAAUUUUCGCUUCCCGCGUCUUCCGGAUUUUAUCAUACCUCCGUCUGCUUCAUUUUGGUUACUUAUUCUCACCUGCUUUGCGAGUCCUAGUAUUGCGUUCCGCAUCUUCGUUGUCUGUCCAGUUGUCCAGUUGCGAGGAGAAGGAAUCUUCAUCAUGGAAAACGUGAAGAGUGUCGCAUGCGCCGCAGUCGGUGUGGCUGGGCAAGCCCUUCUCGGAGGGGUCCCAGCCGUGAGCACAACGCUUGCCGCAUCAGUUACGGCUUUCCCCGAUCCAUCUCCGGACGCAUCCUGAGGCUGUCCCAUGAGGAGGAAAAAGAAUCAGGAUGCAACUCAAGAUGGAUGGUAAUGAGCUCUAAAGCAAGAAUUGCGAUCUCAUACACGGAUCGGAAAAUUGACGCGCUGCGUCACGAACUGCGGGAGGAGAUGAAGACGCAGCUAAGCGAAAACGCAAAAAUAAUGGAGAAAAAAGUACAAAAAACAAUGCAGAAACAGACGCGCGGUCAUUUCCUGGCUUUAUGGAUGUGUUGAUAAGAAAAACACUGGUGUAAGCGUCCUACGUCGUAGAUAGUGUUACCUAACCCUAUCUACGACCACGUAGCAAUCUUACACUAAUAGAUACAAAUACUUUUCUUCAUAUCUACAACACAACCCAUCUCUAAUGAACAAAAAAGCCCAAGCGAUGGGAGAUCACAGCUGGUUUGACAACCAACAAGUGAGGGUCAAGAACAUUGUCCUGAAGCAUUUCAACACGAAAAAAAAAAGCGCCGUGCGCGCUGCCUUGAGGAAGGUACUUGCUUCUCUUCCUAUUCUCUUCGACCCCUAAACAUAUGCCUAUGAAAUAACUCUCCUCGACCCGUAAACCUAAGCUCUUAACCGUCCGCGCUUUUUUUCGCGUUUUUCUCUGUAUCACAGCCAAUCCCUUUCAAUUCAGAUCAAGGAGCAGAAACCCGGAUUCCGCGGAGAUGUUCCCUACACGGUCCUCAUCGAGCUUGCGAAUCGUCUUCACGUGAAGAGCAUCACGGGGAAGUCGACGUGGAAAACCAAGGCGGAGGUUGUUGAAGAUAUUUUAGAGGUCAUUUAGCGUCUUCUGUCAGUCUGUAUCUAAAAAAGAGCAUAAACAUUCAUCAUGCAUACGAACAUCAUAAUUAAAGCUCAUACAUACGAACGUCAUUCGAAAUAAGCUGUUAAAUUUACUUUGGAUUCCAACAUCAAGAGCAGUUGGGUACCGCCUACCUAUGUACAAAAAGAGAAUAGAAUGAAACAAAAUCAAAAGAUUUAAUCGUAGACUUUGGAAUCUAAUAAGAAGUAACCAACAAAAAUGUGGUAGUAAAAAUCAAAUAGAGUAUAUUGCUAGGAAAACAUCCUCAUUAGUAUUUGGCAGUGUCUGAGACAAGCGACGAGCAAGAUGCGACCAUCUCAAAUUAUUACAUGCUAAGCCAGAUCUUGAUUAGGAUACCUGUAUAUAACACUGGCCAAUUUCGCAGAUGGUAAAAGUCACUACGCUGAAAAUCAAAAUGGAUGCACUUAGUUAAACCACUGACUGCGAAAUUAAAAACUGCUCAGAAACUGUGAACAAAUUAAAAAAUUACAAGGAAGCUACAAACUUAAUCAUCUGUAUCUAACAAUAUUGUUAUUGAUCAUAUUAAUUUGGAAAUUAUUACGUUUACAUCUACUUACACAAUUUGGAAUGUCACGAAUGAUAACCAUCAAUAAAAACAUCAAGAUUAACAAAACGUUUGAAAGAUACCUAAAAUCGAGAAUGGUAGUAAUAAUUAUGGUGAAAAUUAAGCUGGAAGCAUCACAACCAACAUUAAUAUUACAACCGAUGGUACUACAAAUAAUUUGUCGGGGAGGAUCACAACCUGUAUUGAAGACUAGCCAACUUACAAGCAGAUGCACACAGAGGUUAAACGGCGGUAGCAUUCUAGAAAAAAGAGGUGUUCAGCCUUCACUGCCCUUCUGCUCGUCGCUCGCCGCAAUCACAUCAUCGGUAAGACGCAUCCAAGUACUUAUCUUCCCAUAAAACAAAUGUCCUUUGAGUUGCGUUUCGCCUUGAGUUUCUGAUCUGGCAUUGCCUUGGGAGCAGGAGUGAGAAAGAGUAAGAGUAUGUUACAUCUGUAGAGGUAAUUUCUGAAAGAAAAAUAAGGUCAUGAUUGAAAGAAAGAGAGAAAGAAUUAUAAGGAGAAAGUUAACUGCGUGAUGUGAUGACGAGAGAGAACAUGAGUUUGCAUCUGUAAUUGCGACGGUAUCUGGAUACUCAAUCUAGAGAGAAGUGAAUUAUAUUUACGGGCUCAUCUCUAUGAUCGACGAGGAGAGAUAUUGCUUUCUAUAUUCACAAAGCUUGCGGAGACGACGAGAGACUCACUUGUAUCUGUAUCUACGAGCAGCGAGAGAGAUUGCGUAUCUGAAUCAGGACCAGAGUAGGAGAUUCUCACGAGUGAAACCACGUUACUUGCAUUCAAAAUUCGAAAUCAAGCUAAAACUUGAACUUCAUUUUUCUCGUUAAUUUAACUCGCUAGUUGCUUUUGUUUUCCAGGGUAGAUCAGACGAUCAUAAUCGGCGUCAACUGCGAGCGACCAAGCGAUGACAUGUAAGGCCAGGGAUGACCACGGGCGACGGCAGGGAUCCAGAUGAAUUGACAACUUAAGAUGCUUCUUGCGUUGACACGGCGCCACCUGGUGCCGUGUGCAUGCCAGAGGUUUCUCAGGAGCCUGUCAUUUCAUUUGAUAACCAUCUGUAGCCCGCGUGAAUCCCUGGCCUUUACCCUCAGCUUGGUGCUCUGCUCGUGACGUCGGUGUCCGCCUGGUCCUCGCUGGAAGCAUCGAAUGCAAGACCCCACACUUUCAAUUGAUAUUUUUCACUUAAUCUUGCCUGCAUUCUCGUAAUUAUAAUCUCCUAAAUCUACUAUCUCUAUCAAUCUACUGCAGCAGGAUCUAUUGUUGUAUGCGAGGAAGUACCCAUUUUCUCAGAAACAACUCAAAAUCAUAGGAUUCCUCUCUAGGAUUCCAAAAAAAGAAGAAAAGCAGAUCGUGAUUUAGCUUUUGCGCUUUUUGCAAAUAAUAAUCAGAGGUGUAGUAGGUCCAGCGACUUAUAAUAAAAAUAAAUAGCCUGUUAGCUUUCCUUGAAAAAAUGUCAGCAUCGGCUUUCCACAAAGCCCAAACAGUUGUGUGCGGCACUGUCGCCGUCGCAGCAACGGCAACAUUAGGCACCCCAGCACUCACCACAGCCGCUUCGGCGGUAUCGCUGGCAACCGCCUGGGCGGAACAGCGAGAUGAUAGACUGGAAAAGUUAAGUCAUGCUGUAACUACUUUCCCAAUCUCAAGUAAAGAUAGCUGUAGCGCAACCUCUAGGCAUACCUAGGAAAAAACACAAAUGCAAAGCUGCACUACAUAAAAAUCUCACACACAUUGAUUACGAACUUGACCACGGCAGGCGCAUCUACUUAGUUUAGGACCCGCUUAUUCUACUAGGCCUAUCACUGCUUUUGCAGAACCUCCCGCCCACCUCCUUUUUUAGUAGUAUGAAGUCUGAAUCACAGUCAGGCUCGGGCCAUCUCUAAUCCUGCGCCUUGAGGAACGAAUGAAUGAAAAACUGCAACAGAUGGAGUCGAAAAUCAGACAGAUGGAGUCGAAUAUCAACCAAAUGGAGUCGAAUAAUAUCAACAAAAACGUGGAACAAAAGCUUCGGAAGGUGAACAAAAGCAUGGAUCAGAAGAUCCGUAAGAACAACAAGACCCAACACGACAUCUUAUGGCCACGACAAUUUUUUCGCCUAAUGGGGUGCUGACCAAUAUUUAAAAAAUCACGGGUGCUCCCAUCUCUCAAAAACAAAACGAAGGGCCAUUAAAAUCAAUCUUGGUGUACUAACACCGCUAGUGGUGGUCUAUCACUUAUCUAAUCUACAUAUCUGACUAAUAUAUUAAACACAAUGUGGCUUUUAACUGUUAAUCAUUAGCAAGGCCGUGUCUGUGAAUACUUCUUGUAAAAUUUCACUUGUCAUCUUCUAUCAUUCUUUCUUUAUGAGCGAUAAUUCGCUCGAUUCCCAUUCCCAGAUAAUCCCUUGCCCUGAUACUGUAUCACCUCAUGCUAGGCAGAGUAAAUGCACGAGGUAGCUUGUGAGUAAAUGUUAGAGCAGUACUAAUUACUCACCACCUACGCGAAGACUUACACGAAGUAGCUAGCCUAGCCUUAGCCCCCCUGGCUCUCUUAUACUAGAUGUCUUUUUCUAAUAAAAAAUAAGAGCCAGAAGAGAAGUGACCUAACACUGUCUACAACGUAGUAGGCUUACACUAAUAUCAAUAUUUUUCUUAUCUACACUACCCAUCUCUAAUCAACAAAAAAGCUCAAGCGAUGGGAGAUCGCAGCUGGUUUGACAACCAGCAAGUGAGGGUCAAGAACAUUGUCCUGAAGCAUUUCAACACGAAAAAAAAAAGCGCCUUGCGCGCUGCCUUGAGGGAGGUACUUGCUUCUCUUCCUAUUCUCUUCGACCCCUAAACAUAUGCCUAUGAAAUAACUCUCCUCGACCCGUAAACCUAAACUCUUGACCGUCCGCGUUUUUUUUCGCGUCUUUCUCUGUAUCACAGCCAAUCCAUCUCAAUUCAGAUCAAGGAGCAGAAACCCGGAUGCGGAGAUGUUCCCUGCAAGGUCCUCAUGACGCUUGCGAAUCUCCUGCACGUGAAGAGCAUCACGGGAAAGUCGACGUGGAAAACCAAGGCGGAGGUUGUUGAUGAUCUUUUAGCGGUCAUCUAGCGCCUUCUGUCAGUCUGUAUCUAAAAAAGAGCAUAAAUAUUCAUCAUGCAUACGAACAUCAUAAAGCUCAUACAUACGAACGUCAUUCGAAAUAAGCUGCCAAAUUUACUUUGGCUUCCAACAUCAAGAGUAUUUGGGUACGCCUACCUAUUUACAAAAACAGAAUAAAAUGAAACAAAAUCAAAAGAUUUAAUCAUAGACUUUGGAAUCUAAUAAGAAGUAACCAACAAAAAUGUGGUAGUAAAAAUCAAAUAGAGUAUAUUGCUAGGAAAACAUCCUCAUUAGUAUUUGGUAGUGUCAGUCUGAGACAAGCGACGAUCAAGAUGCGACCAUCUCAAAUUAGUACAUGCCAAGCCAGAUCAUGAUUAGGAUACCUGUAUAUAACACUGGCCAAUUUUGUAGAUGGUAAAAGUCACUAUGCUGAAAAUCAAAAUGGAUGCACUUAGUUAAACCACUGACUGUGAAAUUAAAAACUGCUCAGAAAGAGUGAACAAAUUAAAAAAUUUCAAGGAAGCUACAAACUCAAUCAUCUGUAUCUAACAAUAUUGAUCAUAUUAAUUUCGAAAUUGUUACGUUUACAUCCACUUGCACAAUUUGGAAUGUCACGAAUGAUAACCAUCAAUAAAAAGAUCAAGAUUAACAAAACGUUUGAAAGAUACCUAAAAUCGAGAAUGGUAGUAAUAAUUAUGGUGAAAUCAGCCUGGAUACAUCACAACGAAAAUUAAUAUUACAACCGAUGCAUGGUACUACAAAUAAUUUGUCGGGCAGGAUCACGACCUGUAUCGAAGACUAGCCAACUUACAAGCAGAUGCACACAGAGGUUAAACGGCGGUA